ACAACAGGAAGUAAGCUGCUGCGUUACAUUUAAAUUCUCCUCAGUGUAUGAAUUUGUUUAAUAAACACACGAUGAGAUGCGAGUAUUAGUACUGAAGUUAAAGAAUAGUUUGUAAUUGGAGGAGUUAAGUGCAGCCGGACAGAUGAGUGUGCGUGCUUUGUGGAUUAUUUCUCAUGAGAAGGGAGAAAAUGUGUCAAUACGCUUUGCAAGGAGGUUUGCUACUGUGGAGCACCGUGCAAAGAUCCUAGCAGGUUCCUCCUAUACAGAAGUCCCAGAAGACAACACUGUGCUGCAGCUCCUGCUCACUGAGUUAGGGCUGUCAGACCCAGACAAGCCAUAUGUAGCUCUCAGAGAUGAUUGCCUUUAUCGUCAGCGGUCACCAGCCCUGGAGCUGCAUGUGGAUGGUCCUAGAAAGGGAAUACUUUGGCCACUGUUGGUCAUCGCACAAGGGCCUCUUACCCUAGCUUGCCUGCCUUUAGUGGAUGCCCCUGCUGAGCCACGGCCACCCCUUGCCAGCCUGCUGUCUGUCUCACAGGGCCUCGCACUCUUGGCAGGUCUGCAGACUUUUCUCCUCGGCUCUGGGGCUAAGCCUGAUAGCGAGGGGCUGGCCUCUCGCCUGGCGAUGCUACCCUCUGUACUCUUGCAGGUUUGUCCACUUGGCACACCCCUAGAUGUGCCACAACUGGGGGCACCUGCUACACCAACAGUGCCCACUCCUGCUGGGAACCAGAAGCAGCCAGCCUGGAAGACGGGGCUCCACCGUGGUCGAGCUGUGGUGAAUGUGGCACUGACAGAAACAGUGCGCUCCAUGCAGUAUGGUAAUCGCAGCAGACAGGACCUGUGGGACGUUUAUGGCACUGUGACAUGCAAAUGUGAAGUAGAAGGGGUGCUCCCAAAUGUGAUGGUGACCCUCACACUGCCACCAAACGGUUCUCCACUUCAGGACAUCCUAGUCCAUCCUUGUGUCACUUCACUGGAUCCUAGUAUCCUGAGUGCCAGCAGUGUGGAUAACUGCGAUGGCUCAGCUUUCUCUGGGCCAUAUAAGUUCCCCUUCUCUCCUCCUCUGGAGCCUUUCAGACUAUGCAGCUAUACAUCUCAGGUCCCCGUUCCCCCUAUCCUCGGUUCAUAUCAGCUGAGGGAAGAAGAGAACCAGCUUCAUGUGUCAGUAACUCUCAAACUUCAUGAGAGUGUGAAGAACAGCUUUGAGUACUGUGAAGCACACCUGCCAUUCUUUAACAGGGAUCACAUGGGUGUUGUGGAUUUGAAGGUGAGCUCUGGACAACUGGAUGUUUCAAAGGAGAAGAACCUGCUGGUCUGGGGCCUCGGACAAAAGUUCCCUAAAUGUCGUGAGGUCACAAUGGAGGGCAAGAUCAGCUUUUCUGGGCCGACACGGGGACCUUCUGACCCCCUCUGCACAGGACUUACAGCCUAUAUCAAAUUGUAUUUCAAAGUGCCUGACAUGACGCUCUCUGGGUGCUGUGUGGACCUGCACUCAGUGCAGGUUUAUUCCUCUGCCAAACCCCGGAUUAUCACAUCCCGCGAACUUCAAUCCAAAGAGUACUUCAUAUGGAAUUCAACUGGAACUGCUCCGGUAUCCUCUGGGCAGAUGAUGCUGUAGCAUGGAUACAAAGGACAGCAGUGGAAAAGUGCUUGGUUCACCAUACUGUGAUAGGACUGAAGACUGCUGAACAAAUACAGUGAUCCAGACUGGAUAUGUGACCCCACAAAAUGAAUUUGUUGCCACCUGUUGUUAUUGCAGAGCUCACAAAUGAUAGAAAAUGUAAAUAGCAGGCCAAAAGAAAGACUGAAAGACUAACACACUGAAUCAUUUUAUGUUCCUUCGGUACAGUUCACAAUGUGCAGACUUUGACUGGCAGAAGUGUUGAUUUCGUUGAUGGAUGGUUACUUUUAAAAGAAAACCUGCCACUGUAGGCCAACUUCUUUUAUCCCCCAACCUUCACCCUCCCUCAAAUUUAUCCCAUUGCAGACACAAGGGCCACCCCUCGCUCUGACAGUCCCACUUCAGUGACUCUCCAUCAGCCGGAUAAUUAGCAGCUGGGGCCUUGUCAUCAGCUGUUGUGGGCCUGGAGGAGAGGGGCGGCUGGGCUGUGAAAGGCCAGGCUGCUCUGGCCAGUGUCUUGGCUACAAAAGGCUCCUCUUUUAGAGCUGGCAGGAGUCCUUUGCCCCCUCCACCAAUCACUUCCCCACCCCUUUUGACCCCAUCCCCGCCCUGUCAACUAGUGGCUAGUUCAAACACUCAACCUCUCCAGCCAGACUGUGAUUGAGCGCUGACCCUCUGGCCCUCUGAGACUUUAAAGCAGCCGGUCCCAUUCAGCGAGCAGGACCUGCCUAAUUGGUGAAAAGUCACAAGGAUGGAAAUGGUUGAGUCGCUUCUUGAGGUUGUGUGGGCGCUUAAUUAAUGUAGAACUUUAAUUAUAUUAUUUUGAUCUUGAUUAUUGUAACACAAGUGCAGACACCACUUUACAAUUAAUACCUAAUUAUAAAAAAAUAUUUAAAGAGGGGCAUUUAGUUCCAGAUGUUUCUCACAGUUUACUAUUAUUUUAACUAUACUAUACUAUGAAGUUUCAUACUACCUUUCUACU